CACACACAUUCCUGAGUUAGUAUUAGUCGCGUGGCCUUACGUCACACAUAUACCUCACCAGAACUGUUUGUAGUAUUAUUUUGGUGACUUGAGGAGUAAACACGAUAAGUGAAGGAUUACUAUAGGUUGAUCUACCAACGCCACCAUGACAGUCGCCAGGAGUGCAGGGUUGAACAGCAGGGCGGGGAGUAGUAGCAGGGCAGGGAGCAGCAGAGCGGGGAGCAGUAGCAGAGCAGGGAGCAGCAGCAGAGCAGGGAGCAGCAGCAGAGCAGGGAACAGCAGUAAUACAAACGGCAUUAGUGUGUGGGAUUUAGCAGUAACAGAGGCCAAGCGAAAGCGUGUGGAAGCGCCUAGCCUGGAGGUGGAGAAGGCACCCAAAGAGUCCACACUGCUUCUCGUUGGCACACGAUCAGCGGGGAAGACGACCCUGAUACAGAAGUUCCUUGAUCGUGAGGAGGCGCCCAGACAAACACUCGCCCUUGAGUACACCUACGGCAGGAAGACUGGCAAGACUCUGGUGAAGGACGUGUGUCACCUGUGGGAGCUAGGGAGGGCUCUCUUUACCCCCCUGUUGUCCACGCCCCUCACCCCCCGGGUCAUGUCACGCCUCACCCUCCUCCUAAUGCUCGACCUCUCCCGACCUGACACUAUUUGGUCUGACCUGGAGACUCUCCUGUCCACUCUAAAGGAGGAAGUGAACAAAGUGGCAAAGUCAGAACCAGGCCUCAAGGAGUCCCUGGAGGCUGCUGCCAGGAAGAGGCUUGACCCACAUCACCAGGAUGGGCAGGAAGUGGCACCGUUCUUGGUUCCUCUGUUGAUAAUUGGUGGGAAGUACGAUGUCUUCAAGGAGGAGCCUGAGGGCAAGAAGUUGAUUUGUCGUACUCUUAGGUACAUGGCCCACACAUAUGGCGCAUCAUUACAGUUUUUCUCAGCCAAGGACACUGGUCUAAUCAAGAAGGCCAAGGAGCUUCUCAGUCACUACGCCUUUGGCACAACUGAGAGCCGUAGUCUGGCACAGGACUACAACCAGCCGCUCAUCAUCCCAGCUGGCAGUGACAGUCUGGCCACCAUCAACAUGUCUGAGGAUCUCACCCUUGAUGCCUGGAGACACAUCUUCAAUACCAGGUUCCCCCAGGACAGUGAGGAGCGGUCAUCAGUGUUACCAGAGGAUCCAGGCAGAGACCCUACAUAUGCUGAACCUGAUGUGGACAAUCUCAGGACCCAGAAAGAUGAGGAGCUGGAGAGGAUUCAGCGUGAGGUUGAGCCCAGACACUGCACGCUGGGCAGAACUUGACCUAUCAUAGCCGGUUGAUGUCGGCUUCACAUUGUUAUGUUAAGCUCAUCUUCUCACGUAUAGUUUAAUUCAUAGAACAUUAAGUAGAACAAACUUGUCACUACAGGUAUACUUAUCCCCUGUCACAUUACAGCAAAGUCCAAAGGGACAUAACUAAAAAUAAUAAUACUGGAAAUGGCAUAUAAACUUGUCUGAUGUAUUGGGAAAUACAGUAGUCUCCUCCAA